AGAAAAUUGUUGUUUCUUAACACCUGACUAUGAAAGUUUUUUCUAAAUUACUUUUAGUUAAUUAUUCAGUAGCUGGACAAUUACAUUUAAAUUACUUCCAUUUAAUCAGACCUUAUUCAUUGGAUGCAACCUGCAAAAAUUUAAAGCAAGAGCAGCCAAAACCUUCAUGCUUACGAUUUGAUGCUCCGAGUCAUUUUGAAUUGGACGGGAGACGUAUUGCAACAUCUCCGGAUAUUUGGAAUAUUUCAACACGAGUCGAGCAGUUAUUACAACGCAGACUUUUGGAGGAAGAGGGAAAUCCACUCAAUUUGUUGAAAAGAAAAAUUACGGAUUACUUCAAUUUGACCUAUAGAAAGCCACGUGCCAGUUCUCCGCUCUUCGCCAUUUGUGAGAAUGAGCCCCGUUUGGUGGAUGUUUUUGAAAAUUUUGAUUCUCUUCUAAUUCCCGAAGCUCAUCCAUCUCGACGGACAUCCGACACUUAUUACGCUAGUGAUGAUUUUUGUCUUCGUGCCCAUACUUCUGCGCAUCAAUUUGAGUUGCUUAAGAAGGGGCUGGACAAUUUCCUUAUUGUUGGUGAUGUUUACAGAAGAGACGAAAUUGAUAAGACACAUUUCCCAUGUUUUCAUCAAAUCGAAGGUUUAUUUUUCAUUUUAGUUUUUAUUUUUAAAUUGUUAGGUGUUCGAACAUAUGCGCCCCAUGAAUUGUUUGGAAGAGAUGCUCCGAUGCCCUUUUUUGAAGAAAUCCAUCACGAUUCUGAACCUAUUCGAACUGACGAAAAACAAGAAACUCAUACUAUUGCUACAGCAAAAUUACUCGAAUCAGAACUUAAGAAAACACUCGAAAUGUUAUGUCAGGCAAUUUUUUCUGGUGCAAAACCAGAAGGCGAAAUUCAAAUGCGAUGGACUCCAACAUAUUUUCCGUUUACCCAUCCAUCUUUUGAAUUGGAAGUUUUGUUUGAAGAUAAAUGGUUGGAGGUUCUUGGGUGUGGAAUAAUGGAACAAAGCCUUUUGGAUUCGGCAGGAGCGGGAGAACGUGUUGGAUGGGCUUUUGGAUUAGGUCUUGAACGUCUCGCAAUGAUCCUUUAUGGCAUUCCAGACAUACGCCUCUUUUGGUCGGAGGAUACAGGCUUCAUCAAUCAAUUUAAGGGACUAAGUCCCUCAGAUGUUGUAAAAUACAAAGAAAUCAGCAAACAACCACAACUUUUUAUGGAUAUUUCUUUUUGGUUGCCAGAAAUCUUUGAAGGGGAUUCUAGUAUUGAAUCAUUACGUUCUGAUGUUUUUGAUGUUAUUCGAAUGAUUGGAGGAGAUUUGAUCGAACAAGUAUUGCUAAUUUAUUUAAACAUUGGUUAGGACCCGAAGUAAAGGAAAAUGAUGUUGGGAGGGAGGAUCUUCAGAAUUUUUCGCCUUCGACCCAUCUUUCAUUAUCAAUCCUCC